CCUGCGCAUUCGUCGCGGCAUUAGCAAACGGAUUGACCGAAGUGUGUUCGACGUGCUGGCUCAGAACAUCACGGACAGACCAUUCGAUGUAGCGAGCUCGGUGCUAAUCUUGCGCACCUUUAACAUACGCUGCCAACCUCACAUCGACUUUGCUGCCAUAGCGGUCUCCCGCCUCCGGCUGCUCCCAAUUCGACGUGCUGGCAGAAACCUCAGAAACGUUACAGACAGACGACACAUACACAACAUACGUACUCCUGAACUGCAGCAAACAACUUCAACUCAGCCAAGAUGAGCGAUGACUUUCAAUCCGCACCGCAGCCGCCGCCGAGACGCUUGGGGCGGCGCGCCAAACCAGCAGAAGGUGGACCAGACAAGCUCCGCAAAGAAGACGACUUUCUAUUUCGCGACGACCUGCUAUCCGAAAGUAAAGCUGAAGCGGCGUUGAUUGGGAAUGAUGAGCCACAGGAGCCUGCCUCUGUCGCAAAGAAGCCGCGGAGGAUUCGAGAGAUGUUAAGGCCGGAAGCGAUGAAGGAGACAAGAGGUGGAUGGGAUACUCCAGCGCCAGAGAGCUCGCCGCCGCGGGGUGGACUAGUUGGAGGUACCUUCACCCGUGGAAAGAGUGGGUCAACUAGGAAGGAGGCGCAGGAUGUGGAGGAUAUUGAUGAUGAUGUAGACACGGUGCCUGUUCCGCCACCAAGGGAUCGGAGGGAAAAAAUAAAAAAGCAAACGACAGUAGGGCAGGAUAGUUCUGACGAUGCAGUGACCGUGAUCAUCCCAGAUCUGGAUCAAGUGCAAGACAACCAGAUGCUCACUGAAGUUGCGGCUGCACCUGCGAUCAAAAUCAACAGAUUCAAGAAUAUGCAGGAAUUAGACGGGGAGCUUCUAGCUAGCACAGGACAGUUGAUUGAGCCUCCAACAUCACUGGCAGGCAUAGAUGUCUCUCUCCUGGUCUCGACAGCCCUCAUUCCUCCAGAUCAACUAGUCGAGCCAGACGUACAAUGGGAUUGGGAUGUCAUCUUCACGGAGGUGACGAGCGACCUCCAUGUCAUUCAGAGCCCUGUGCCGUCGCCGCAGUCCAGCCCAAGAAGACAACGAGUGUAAUAUGAUUUCACCCGAGUGUGAUAUGAUUUCGCCUUGAGGGCGUCCGCGCCGAGGCAAUGAUCUCAUCUUCCCCUCCAUAGGGUAUCUGUAUUUGUCCAGUAAUACAUACGCCAAAAAUGGAUGAUAUUCGCACCGACAAGUAUCUCGCCAGAUCUCGUAAUAGCAAGAAGCUACGUUUUCAUCCAUAAAGACG